AAAUUUUCAAGAUGGCGGCCAAAACAGAUAGCUUGCACUGAAAAUAAGUAAAUCAAGUGACCUUAUAGUGCUCUUUUUGUAUUCUAAAUACUCAUUAUGAGUAAUCAUUGGCGGCCUAGAUUMCCACCUAAUCAGGGAGGACGUUUUGCAGGACCAAAUCCUAGAUUUCCRCCACUUCAGCCACCUCCAAACGACGGCUGUCGGCCGAGACAGGAUCACUUUGAAGGCCCAGGAAGACCGUAUUUCCAACCAAGACAGGGGUUUUAUUCACGUGGUAGACAUCCAGCUCCAUAUAGAGGAUUUAGACCAGACUUUGGAUUCCGUGGAAGAGGUCGAGGGCCGCGGGGUAGAUAUGGACGUGGUGGAUUCAAUCAAGGACCAGACAGGGGCAUAGAAGCAUAUUACAAGCAUUCCAUGGUUGAAGAUCCAUGGAAAAAACUYSAAGAAAAACAAGCUCAAAAAGCUGCCAAUUUUCCUGCAAGCUCCACAUAAAUGUCAUGAGGAUGUUAAUAAUUAAUAAGGAUUAUUGUUAUUUAUUGGUUAUAAGAUUGGCAAGUGAAAAACUAUACCAAAAUUUAUCAUCUUUGGCAGCUUUUCUAUUUCAGGCUUCCUUUUCAUGGUCCAUGGUCCCCUCAUGGUAUUUCUUGAGCCUUUCUUUAUAACGGUAAUGUUGACCAUUAUUUUAACUUUAUAGUGGUCAUAAUCAUGAUAGUUAUAGAGUUGAUGUUGUUGGGCAUAAGUGAGUUUUGGGUCAAUUUUCAACUGUUGCUUCUCUGAGGCUGAGUGAGCCAGAUUCAAGCCAAAAACAAAUUUCUACAGGAGAACAUGAAAUAAUGGACUUGGGGCCAUCUUGCAUCCAUAGUCUGUGCUUUAUGCUCUGACUGGUUAAUAGGUGGGCGCCAAUGUUUACAUUUUAGCUAAUUUGCAUAAAAGUCAGAAAUUGAAUUUCAAGACACAAGAAAAUCAAGCCCAUAAAUGAAAAGAACUC